AUGGAUUUUAAAAACGCCCCGACAGAUGAGGAUUUUCAACUUCAUCAAUCUACUCGGUCGACGAGAUUUCUUUUCGAUCUCUUCAGUGCUCAAGGACGACGACCGAUUGUUGUUGAUGGGGAGGAUUUGUUGUAUCGGACUAGAGAUAUGACGGAGACUUUGUGUAAGAGGUUGGGGAUGGGACUGGAUUUGGAGGGGUUCUGUGAUAUGUGGGAGACGACGCCGGAGGAGGAUAYCCCUAAACAUCCUUUGGUGAGAGGGUUUACUAAUACUCUUCAUUCUUCCACGGGGAUUGAAAGACCUGAAGGCGGGAAACCUGAAUCGCCGAAUCUGGAAGCUAUGGUCGAAAUGUGGACGGAGAGAUAUGAUGUGGAGACUGCUAUGGGGUUGAAGAAUGUGGUAGAGGGGAACAUGGCUGAUUAUGGGUAUCUAUUGCAGUUUAAAGUUUGA